AUGAACAAGGAUAAUCAGAGUACUGUGUCUGAAUUCAUCCUCCUGGGGCUCCCUAUCAGCCUGGAAGAGCAGGGCAUGUACUAUGCCCUAUUCCUCAUCAUGUACCUGACCACAGUGCUGGGGAACCUGCUCAUCAUCCUGCUCAUCAGGCUGGACUCCCGCCUCCACACCCCCAUGUACUUCUUCCUCAGCCACUUGGCUCUCACCGACAUCAAUUUCUCAUCAGUCACAGCCCCAAAGAUGCUCAUGAAUAUGCUGACCCACAGUCAAUCUAUCUCUUAUGCUGCGUGCAUUUCCCAAUCAUAUUUUUUCACAUUGUUUGCGGAUAUUGACAGCUUCCUUCUCACCUCAAUGGCCUAUGACAGGUAUGUGGCCAUCUGUCACCCCCUGCACUACUCCACCAUCAUGAGUCGGAACCUCUGUCUCCUGCUAGUAAUUGUGUCCUGGGGGUUAUCCAUUGCCAACGCCCUUGUGCAUACUAUUCUACUAUCCUUCCUCUCUUUUUCUAGAGAUAUCACUCUCCACCACUACUUCUGUGACCUCUCUGCCCUGCUCAAGCUGUCCAGUUCAGAUACCACCAUCAAUGAGAUGGUCAUCCUCAUUCUAGGAAGUGUGGUCAUGACCCUGCCAUUUAUGUGCAUUUUGUUGUCUUAUGGUCACAUUGGAGCCACCAUCCUGAAGGCUCCCUCAAUCAAGGGAAUCUGCAAAGCUUUGUCGACAUGUGGUUCUCACCUUUGUGUGGUUUCUCUUUACUAUGGAGGAAUUAUGGGAAUCUACUUUUUCUCCUCAUCUAAUAACACUAAUGACAAAGAUAUCAUUGUGACUGUGUUGUACAGUGUGGUCACACCCAUGCUGAAUCCCUUUAUCUACAGUCUGAGGAAUCGAGAUAUGAAAGGGGCUCUGAGAAAUUUACUCAGUAGAGAAAUAUUUUCAGUGUGA